UAACGACCCAUUUUCACGAAAACCAAACGUACGAUCGAUUCAAAAGUACAACAAAACACCAACAACUGCAAAUACAAAACCAAAAGCAAGCAGUACAAUCAAGAAGAACGAUUAAUCUACUUUUCCAAAGCUUCUUGCAAGAAUCAAUCUCCAUAUUACCCCUCAAUUCGAUCUUCAACCUACAGGCAAACAGCUUGCCACACAAGAAUUUCUUCAAACCCGCCAAACCCACUAUAGAUAAAAUAUGAAGAUUCUUACCAAGGAAGAAGAGGCUGAGCACUACAAUGCUACUUUAAAGGGUGGUAUUACAGGAGGUUUCCUUGGUCUCGCAAUGGGUGGCGCCGCACUCUACGUGGCCAACAGACGAUUCCACACCAUCCGCAGUCUCACCAUUCCCAUGAAAAGUUUCCUCGUCACAUCAUCCGGUACUUUCGCCGCCAUCAUCAGCGCGGAUCGCGCAUCUCGCUCAUACGAAUGGAAUCGCGACCCCUCGCGAAAUUACAAGGACAAAUCGACGCUCCUUCUCGAACAAGAAAAGGCCAAUGAAACUACUGCGCAGCGCCUCAAGGCAUGGGGAAAAGAAAACCGAUACUCAAUCGUUACCGCAUCAUGGGUGGCCAGUAUGGGAAUCGCCUUUGGGAUGGUCUCCAAAAAUAAAUAUUUGACUGGAGCCCAGAAGUUGGUACAAGCAAGAGUUUAUGCGCAAGGGUUGACAUUGGCUGUAUUGGUUGCAUCAGCGGCAUUCGAGAUGGGAGAUGCUAAGAAGGGAACAGGAAGAUGGGAAACGGUUACGGUGUUGGAUCCAAACGAUCCGGAACAUAAACAUUUGAUCCAGAAGAAGAUUCACCACGAAGCUUAUGAAGGAGAAGAUUUAUGGCGUGAUAUGGUAGAAGCUGAAGAGCGCCGCAUUAAUGAACGCAAGAGAGCAGCAGAAGAAAGAAACCACUCCCCGGGCAAAACAUCCUCGGGUAAAGAAAACAAAGAUAAAAUCUCUAGGGAGAUGAAGAGUGCUGGAAAGGUAGCAUUCGCAGAUGCCAAGGAGAGAGAAGAGAAGAACCAGGCCGAGCAAGCUGAAAAGGAAGCGGAUGCAAAAAACGAGUCCGCACAGUCUGAACCAAAAGUGAAUGGUAGAAAUAAGAUCUAAAAAUGGAGUAUUUGGCUACUCAAUCUUUCUGGUGUUUUGUAUGGGCAUUGGAUGGCGCGCUGAGUGAUUUCUGGAUGAUAGAUGGGGG